AUGUACGACGAUUGGGAAGGUGAAGACAUUGACCGCUACUUCCCAGGUGGUCUCCACCCCGUCGCUCUGGGCGACUUUCUCGACGCCGACGGCCGCUUCAAGGUCGUGCACAAGCUCGGGAACGGCGGUUUCGCGACCGUCUGGCUGUGCCGAGACACGCGGGAGAAUAAAUGGAGAGCCUUGAAGAUCCUGGAAGCCGAGCUGUCCCGCGAGGACUGCGCCGAGAUGAAGUUCCUCCAACUCCUGACCGAGGCUGGCGCCCUCGAGGAGGCGGCGGCAAACCACAUCGUCCUGCCGCUGGAGCACUUCUACAUCACCGGCCCCAACGGACGCCACCUCGCCUUUGUCCUCCCGCUCAUGAGCGAGCCCGUCUCGGGCGUUUGGAGCGUCGAAUCAAUUGACCAGGACGUCCCGCUGAUGAAGGACAUCUGCUACCAGGCCGCAGAGGGCCUCGCCUUCCUCCACUCGAGAGGCAUUUGCCACGGCGACUUCCGGGCCACCAACGUCAUGCUCAGGGUCGAGGGUGUCGAUGAUCUUUCGGAGGAGGACAUGCUGAAAGUGCUACGCCAGCCCAUUUUGUACGAGUUGGGAGAACUAGAUCACCCCAGCAUGCCCAAGUACCUGGUCUACAUGACUUGCUUCAGCGUCAAAUCCCCCCACGUCGUCCCCGAGAUUGGGAUCGCCGACUUUGGAGAGUCCUUCCACGUCUCCAACGCCCCCAAGUCCUGCGGAAUUCCCCCCGGCUUCCGGGCGCCCGAGCUCGUCUUCCGUCACGGCCCGGGGUUCGGCGUGGACAUUUGGGCCCUGGCAUGCCUGAUCAGCGAGGUCAGGCAUCAGAUACCGCCAAACUGCGUGAGCUCAGACGUGGAGGAAUUGGUGAUGGAAUGGGAGGAGCUGAUCGGGCCCCUCCCCGAGCCUUUCCGUUCGACAUAUAUCGAGCGAGGAUACGCAUGCCGGGGCGACGACGACGGCGGACCCAGAAUGCCGCCGGCGGAGAUACCUCUGACAGAGUCCUUGACUCGGACUCGGGAUCAUGCUGCUCGGUUGGCGGCUGGGAGACUCGAGCAGUACGGAUUCGAAGACUUUCUUGAAGCGAGGUAUCGUGGUCCGGUGACUAUCUGGGAGUCAUCCAAGAACGGUGGCGCCGGCGGAAUGGUCGACUAUCGAAUCCCCGACGAUGAGGCAAUACAGUUGGUUGACCUCUUCCGCUGGGUCCUCAAGUACUCCGCCGAGGAGCGGCCGACUGUCAAGGAAAUCAUGCAGCACCCUUGGUUUGAGGGGCGGACAAGGAAGCAAGGCCCGACCGAGACGGCGCCGGACACACUGAAGACCGAGACCGUCAUGGUUGAUGGCGAGCUCGCAAACCGGCGAUGGGGCUUGAACAAUCUGAGGGCCUUUGCCUCUGUCAUUUUUGGCUUCUUCCAGCAGCACCUGCGGUGGUAA